AUCCCCACUCUGUCAUUCUCCUCGGUUGCCAGUGAAUAUCUGGACCUUGCUGCUGAGAUUCUGUUGACAUCUGGACUUAUAAAGUUGUCUGGCUUACCCCCUUAUGUGUGUGUGUGUUUGGACCAGAGAUUGUAAUUGGAUGGAAACAAUUUUAAGGGGAGAGGAAAAUAUUUGGGAAUAUUUUAAAUGUUGUUCAAGAUUUUGGAAUCUACAAGCAGAUGUUGAUACAAACCACACAAGAUGAAUGUUCUCCUUCGUAUCAACCUUCGUUUCUACCUUGUCAUGUUAUGUGGGGCAUAUUUCGCCAUGCUCUACAUUUUCCACGGCAACCUUCAAACAGUGACGUCUGCCGCUUGUGACAAUGAGGGAAAUUGCUUUGGAAAAUCCACGAAAUCUAAUAAACCCUCUGCCGCAAAUGUGUCAAAAAUUGUCCCGCAAAAUUAUUGGAAUGUUGAACAGAAACGACAAGUGGAUUUGACAACCACAGUUUUCCACUCUAGAAAUGUAAAUGUCCUUGGAAGGGAGAGGCAGUCAAGUAGAGAUAAGAUUGAAAGUGAUAGAUCGGGAAUGAUAUUCGACCUUCUUGGUGCAAGUAGACAACAUAUUGAUCAGCUAUCAGAAACAUUUAUUGGAGACAAUAAAGGAAAUAAUGCAGAGGCUUACAAUUUGUCUUGUUUUAUGUCGUCUCAGUUUCCAGAAAGAAGGUUUUUGGCCCUUGAGCCGAGAAGUUUCGUGUAUUCAGCCUAUUACGACGAGAGAUAUACGGACAAGUUCGUACGGAUCAUGGCGCUAAUGGCUGUAAAUAGUAGCAGCAGACAUCUUAAAGUGUUCUGCCACUUUCAAGGCAAAAAUGCAUCAGACAUUAUAAAACAAGAAGCCAUUUUUUAUGAAAUGUGUGAAAACCAUGGAAAGCAAUUUGGCGGCUUUAUCCUGUCCUGUAAAGUUCCAAACCAUGUGAUUAAUGUCUGUACAUUGGCAGUUUCCAUGGAAAUUGUUGCUCUUAAUGGCAAAUACAUUCCACCCUUGACCAACAUUCAACAGUUAAAUGUUUGCCUAUUGACAUUUUCUUGGAACUAUGGAAAUAUACAUAGGGGCGUCCAUUUUGGAUUAAAUUCGCAGAAGUUGGUGCCUGAUCAAACUGAAUUUAAUUUACAGUCACUAAAUGAGAAUUCUGAAAUUCUUACUUCAAGUGCUAUUCCUUCUAAAGACAUUCAUACCAAUAAGAUUGCUACAAAAGGUUCAACUUAUUUUCAGUACAGCAUAUGCAUUCCACCAUUGUUUGGAAAUAUUGACACAGUGAAACUUCUAGAAUUUAUUGAAUUGAAUAUUCUGCUGGGAUUCCAGCAUUUUAUUUUCUACGUCAGUGAUUUAGACUCUGCUGAAGUUUACAAGUUGCUAAAUUUUUAUGUUAAACAGAAUAUAGUCACUAUAGUAGAUUUUAAAUUACCACACAUAAUUCAGAAGUCCAUGAUAUGGUAUAAUGGGCAGCUGAACGCCCAUAAUGACUGCCUUUAUCGCGCCAUGUCCAUAUCAAGAUUUGUCGCUAUUAUCGACAUAGAUGAAUACAUCGUUCCGCACAAUGGUGAGUUCAGAGUCACAGAAACUUUAAAGGAGUUAUUUGCAGACAAAACUGUAUGCGGUUUAAGUUUUCAAAGUGCAUUCUACGACCCAAAAUUUACGGCCAGCGUCACAGACGAUAACAUUGAGAUGGGUCUUACCACGCAGACUUCCACUCAUAGGUCAACUGUGUUCAGUAAAGUUCGGACGAAAGUUUUUGUUGAAUCUCAAAAAGUCUUCGAGGUUGGGAUUCAUCACGUCAGUAAGCCUGCCAAUGAGGAGUAUCGGGUUGUGAAGGUCAACACUUCAAUCUCGUUCCUUCACCACUACCGAUCCUGUGUACCGAAUUAUGGGAUGAAAUGUGGGAGUUCUGUGAAAGACGAUAGCAUGGAUAAAUAUUUGUCGCAUUUGAAAAAGGCUGUCACAAGUGCAUACGAGAAGAUUUUUUCUGAAGUUUUAAAAUUAUGAUUUUGUUGUUGUAUUAAAAUUUGCUCAUAAUGAUUGCUUAUUAAUGUUGAAUGACUGUUAAAUGCUUUGAAUCAGCUUGGGAGGUCAUAAAUGUUUGAACAUGGCAUGAUCCAAAUUUUUAACCAAAUCUAUGUAGAUGUGUUCGUUAAAACAUGUGCAAUACUUUUGGAAAUAAUUAUUUUUCAUUUUAGAAUAUAAAGUAUCAUGAUAUAAAUUCAACUGCUUUGUAUAAGAUUUAUUAGAAUGCUAGGUAAGUGUUUAGAUAAGUUUAUAAAGCAGGGCAUAUAGAACACCCAAACCAUGAACUUGGCAAGUGUUUUAAGGAUUUUGUGUCCAGAAAAUAAACUUUUCUGUUAUCAAUUCUUUUCUGAUAUCCAAUGUUUAAAAUUGUUAUUGCCUUUUUAUACCCCCACAAACAAAGUUUUGGGGGGUAUAUAGGAGUGAAUUUGUCUGUCUGUCUGUCGAUCGGUCGGUCCGUAUUGAGUGUCCGCUCUCUAAUUCAAGUUGUUUUGAUCCGAUCUUCACCAAACCUGGUCUAUAUGAUGUCUAGGUCAAGUUUGAAUAUGGGUCAUGCCGGGUCAAAAACUAGGUCAAGAGGUCACUUAGUGUGUUAUAAACAUUCAGCAUGUUGUCCGCUCUCUAAUUCAAGUAGUUUUCAUCCAAUCUUCACCAAAAUUGGUCAGAAGUUUUAUCUAGAUGAUCUCUAGGCCAAGUUAGAACAUGGACCAUGCUGGGCCAAAAACUAGGUCACGGGGUCACUUAGUGCGUUUUUUAACAUUCAGCAUGGUGUGCUCUCUAAUUGAAGUAGUUUACUUCCGAUCUUCACCAAACUUGGUUAGAGGUUUUAUAUAUAAUCUAUUGGCCAUGUUGGAACAUGGACCAUGCCGGGCCAAAAACUAGGUCACAGGGUCACUUAUUGCGUUUUACACAUUCAGUAUGGUGGCCGCUAUCUAUUUCAAGUACUUAUCAUCUGCUCUUCACCAACUUGGUCAGAAGUUUUAUCUUGAUGAUCUUUAGGCCAUGUUUGAAUAUGGGUCAUGCCGGGUCAAAAACUAGGUCAUGUGGUCACUUAGUGCGUUUACACAUUCAGCAUGGUGUUCCCUAUUUCAAGUACUUUUCAUCCGCUUUUCAUGUGGGGGUAUUUGUCACGUCUGUGACAAAGCUCUAGUUCUAUCUAAUUUUUUAAAGUGAGUAGAGAAAAAGAAAUUUAAAAGAAAACAAAAACAAAUGACAUCAUGUUAAUAAUAUAAUGUACAUACAGUCUACUCUCGUUAUCGCGACAUUGAUUUUUUCGAUAUUUCGAAGUAAACUCAAUGCCCUAACUUUUUUUCUUCUUUAUCUAUAUUUACAUCGCAUAUCUCGAUUUUCGUUAUGUCAAAUAAUUUGAUAUCUCGAUAUAAAAAUUUGUCCCGAGUCCCGAUUUUACAUGUAUUUACUGUGGUUUAUCUCGAAGUGCGAAUAACUGUCCCAGUGAUGGUAAAGGUGAAAUUGUUGUCUUUGAUACUUCACCGUCCCGCUUUGCCCGGCUGCUCCCGAUACUGUGCGGUAGAUAAUUGAUCCGUGAAUUGCAUCAAUGACCACACGUGUUAUGUCGUUAGCCAUUAACACUUGAGUAAGGCAAGUCACUUUAACUGUCACUUUAACUGCAAUUAAUACACAGCCUGCCGAAAGCCCAAAAUACUAUUUUUUUUUACAAACAAUACUCCAAAAUGCAUGAGUUAUAUUUUUGAGUAAUAAACCGUCGCAAAUUUGAAGAAUGUUGUUCUAUCCUUGAACUCCAACAGUCAUUAGUAUAGCUAACUUGAAAUAUAAUUAUGAGAUGUCGGUCAAGCAAUCCAGAGAAGGACCCGGUAUCCAACCCGGGGGGAUAUCUGGAUCGGCAAAGCAGAAGCUUGAAAUUCAGUCGUUCAAGGAAAAGUACGCGGCCAUCAUAGAAGUCGAGAAAGGCCUCAAGACCAAGAAGAAGAAAGCAGAAGAGUUUGGCAUCCCGCAAAAUACGCUCUCAAUGUGGAUCAAAAAAAGGACGAGAUUAAAGCGAAAUUCCUGACUGGCGAUCUCGAGCUUGCAAUUAAAACAUUUACUGAUAUAAAAGCAUUUCAAACUUCAAAAUGUACAUAUACAGUUCAGUAUUCUGGAACGUGAUUCACACAUGUUCGGAUGGAAAACCCUCGUCUUGAUUGGACGUCAAUUGCAUCAUAACUUUAAAUAGUAACAUUACCAGAUGUUUACUCGACAGUUUAGAAAAACGAUAACCGCAUGUGUUCAUGCAAUUUUGUAACACUUAAAACGUCAUUUUAAGCAUUUAAAUAGCAAAUUUAAUCGCGUCUCAUAAAAACGCGCAUAUAUCAGGUAAUAGAUAGAGUAGUAUAGAGUAUUAUGUGACACGGUGGCGGCUUAAGUUAGACAACUUAGCAGGCAUAUAGAUGUUAAAAAUAAGUUAAAUUUUCGUCUCAUUUUUUCUUUGAAAACGCCUUAUCGGAUAUCUCGAACUCUCGUUGUCUCAAUAUUUUUUCUUGUUCCAGCCGACUUUGAGAUAACAAGAGUAGACUGUAACUAUAAAGUCAUGUUGUACUGCACAUGUUUGAUGUUUUCUACGAGUUGAAAAUACAGCUUAGUGUUAUUUCGUCAAAGAAGUGGUAAUGAUGAGAUGGAAAUUAUAUGUGUCGUGUUCUGAGAAAACUGGGCAUAAUUCAUGUGCAUUAAGUGUCGUCCCAGAUUAGCCUGUGCAGUCCGCACAGGCUAAUCUGGGACGACACUUUCCGCCUAAACUGGAUUUUCACUAAGAAGAGACAUCAUUUAUACUAAAAAUUCCAUGAAAGUGGAAAUUGUCGUCCUGGCACAGGCUAAUAUAGGAUGACAAUUUACGCACAAGCAUUAUGCCCAGUUUUCUCAGAACGCGACACAUAUAUAGUCAGUCUCAAUCCUUAUUUUGAAAAAGAUGUACUUUAAAUUGUAGACAUUUUUCUUAACACUUUCACAGAAUAUGACACCACUAUAAGUAAUGAAGUCGAGAUGGUCCUAGAUCCUCAGUGAAAAACUUGUCCUUAUAUUUUGUUCUCUCCUAUUCUGUUCUUUCUCUUGAUGCCUGCUCUUUCUAACAUAACAUUCCAUAGUCCUGUGAAGUAAGAUCUGUUAAAUUGUUUUAUUUCAUUGGUGCUAUUGUUUGGCAACCUUUAUAUUCAUUCCAAGGUUUUAAUGGUUUGAAAUUAAUGUGUAUUUAGUGUACAUCUUCAUGUGGGAAGCAUAGAGUGAUUGUUCUGGCCAUCUGUCCAGCAGUAAUUGUAUCCGUAUGAGGUCCACUAGAUUGUGCUGUUUUGUUAAGCUGCUAAAUACAUACCCCAAAUUAAUGCUGGUUGUGCUUAUGUUUUGUUGCCCAUUUCUUACUCCACCCAAAUCUAUAUAUUACUUCGACCUUGACCUUCUUUGUCUCGAUGAUAUCUCUUGACCUUAGUUUUAAAUUGGUCUUGUUGGGGUAAAAUACCUGGGAGCUAGUUCACUACCAUGUCAACAUGAUUGCCUCAUUCCAAGAACAAAAGUUAAGGUGAGCAACCUUGGACACUUAGGGUACUCUUGUUGUUCUCUAUUUUAAUUAGGGAUGGAAACAAAUACUGAAAAUCAUAUUUGAGUAUUCGUUCUUCAUUAUUCAAAUAUAUGCAAAUAUUAGUUUUUAUGCCCCCAAAUCGAAAGAUCGGGGGUAUAUUGUUUUUGGCCUGUCUGUCUGUAUGUCUGUGUAUCUGUGUGUCUGUCUCUAAACUUUAACCUUGGUCAUAACUUUUGCAAAAUUGAAGAUAGCAACUUAAUAUUUUGCGAGAAUGUGUAUCUCAUGGAGCUGCAAAUUUUGAGUGGUGAAAGGUCAAGGUCAUCCUUCAAGGUCAAAGGUCAAAUAUAUGGCUUCAAAGCGGCGCAAAAGGGGGCAUUGUGUUUCUGAUAAACACUCCCUUGUUUAACAUUAUGUCUCGGACCUUACGAACAUCCAAAAUAAACUACUUUUCUUAUUUGGCAAAAACACGACUAUAACCUCAAAUGCAGCUUUUGGAAAAGGGAUAGAGUGAUUAUUUUUGAAAAUGAUUAUUAAUUAUAAUAUACCUCAUUUUCACAUAAUUCUUUAAUUUUUCAAACGACAUUAGAUAUUUCUGGUAUACAUAUUACGGUACUUCGCUUGUUUUUUGCCAUACAAUUGAGUACAUAAAAUAAUUCAGAACAGGAGAGGGUGUCAUUGUGAAUCAAUUUCACUUGUUUUACCUCUAAAUUUUCGAUGCAUCUAGAACAUGUAGCAAGUUUAGCAAGCUCUAAACGAGUCUAAUUAAAUUGAUUCUUAUUCCAAACAAAAUUAAUUGGUUGAUAUAAUUCUGAUUAGAUAAUCAUUGAUUUAAUACAUGGAUAUAGUAAUUAAAAUGAAUGGUCAUUUUAAGUUAUAGCAAGUUGGGUUGCCUCUUUUGUCUUAACUGCAAACGCUGAACUGUGAAAAAUAUGUCAAUUUGAAUUAUUUUAGAUAGUCAAUAGAUUAAACAUGGUGUAUUUACACGUUUGCAAACUGCCAGAUAAAACGAAUAACGACACAACCCUCUGCUGAUUCCCACCCGUCUAUCGUGUAAUUAAUUAAUCGCAGCUGCUAUUCAAACAAUUACUGACACAUGAAAGUUGUCUGCACUGGAAAAAAAAAUGCAACUUGGCAUUUACACAUUUUUGUGUGAAGUUUGCUUAAAAAACAAAUAUUCGAAUAUGAAUUUUGGAUUCGAAUAUUCUACCAUGUUUUGAAUAUUCGAAAAUUCGGAUAUUCAUUCCCAUCCCUAAUAUUAAUGUUUCUCUUCCAUUUUUUGAGGCGGACAAUUAUGAAUUGUGCAUGAUUUUACACACAGGUUGUAUGGUGACUUUCUUGGAUCAAAGAGAUGUCAGCUAGCAUUAAUUGUUCAGUUGUCUAAGCAAUGAAAAACAUUUCACAAAAUUGUUUUAACAUGACCUAGGCACUUCAAUAACGUAAACCAGUUGCAUAUACUUUUUGUGUUGAGAAAAGAACUUUCUUAAAAGUCGUGAAUCACAAACAAUAAUGUAUUGAAAUUGUUUCUUGGGAUUGCAUAUUGCUUUGUCAGUUACAUUUUGUCAGUCUGUCUACUACACUUAGAUAUUAACAAUUUCCAUUUAUAUCACUGGAACAUUUCUCUUAUCAAAAACUCAUCUUAUGUAUUGUAUAAGAACAAAUGUGCGUUAAGUGUCAGCCAAGAUUAGCAAUCAGAGACGACAUUACCACAAAUAUGUGUUUUUUGUUUACAAGAGACUUCUUGUUAAUGAUGAAAUUUGGUAAAAAGGUAAACUGUUGUCCGUGAUAAGCCUGUGCAGACUGCGCAGGUAAACUGUUGUCCAUGAUAAGCCUGUGCAGACAGCGCAGGCUAAUCUGGGACAACUCUUUACACCAAUGCAUUAAGCGAUGUUUUCUGCGAGCAAGGCUUUUAUUAUGCUCCCCCCAAUUUAUUUUAGGGGGAAGAUAUAUUCGCCACUUCGUCUGUCCGUGCGUGUGUGUGUCUGUCCGUCUGUCCGUGCACAAUUUUUGUCCGGGCUAUUUCUCAGCAACUAAUGACUGGAAUUCAAUGAAACUUUAUGGGAAGCUUCACUACCAAGAGGAGAUGUGCAUAUUAUCAGAGGGUUCUGGUCGGAUGAUUUUUCACAGAGUUAUGGCCCUUUGAAAUUUUCUAUAAAUAAAUAUUGUCCCCCCAACUACUGUGCCCUCAAGACGUUUCCUUUUAACUGAAUAUAUAGUGCAAUAUUGUGACAAAAAAAACACUUUGGGGAGCAUCACUCGUCUCGGACGGUUUCUUGUUUAUGUUUGUAUCUGCACCGAAUAAUAUAGCAGCUUAGACAAUGUUUUUAAAACAAAUUGUCCAUAUUAUUCUUAAAAUUUUAGUAAAAAAUAAUUGAUUUUUAUUGUGUCAUUCCUCUAGUUUUGUUGCUCAGUAUUGUCGCUGAUAUGGUUGUUAUUUAUGCUAUUUUGUUAUUUAUUUCUGUUAUUGUUCUUACAAUUUGAUUGUAGGAAGGUUGCUCAAUAAAAUUGGUCAAGACA